AUGUCGGUUAAAGAAUCGCGUCCGCGUCCGCAUUCUGCUUCUGUAGCUCGUAGUAGCGAAUAAAGUCAUCGCGAGAAAAGAUGGUGGUGACGGUGGCUUCAGUACGUCAACAACUCACAAAUUUGGCUCAUUCCGGCGGUUCCCACAAAGACCAGGCCGAGAAAUAUCGCGGAACUUUGGAUCAGAUAUUGUUGUCUUCCGGCGAAGAACUGGUUGAUGCCUUGAAAACGUUCAUCGAAGCAAUUGUAAAUGAGAAUGUAAGCUUGGUGAUUUCAAGGCAAGUUCUAACUGAUGUGAGCAGUCGUUUACUUUAUUUACCAGAUGAAAUAUCAAAAGCUGUUUCGCAUUACACAUUAGAUAAGGUUCAGCCCCGUGUAAUUUCCUUUGAAGAACAGGUAGCUAGUAUAAGGCAACACUUAGCUGAAAUUUACGAACGUAAUCAGAAUUGGCGAGAAGCAGCAAAUGUUUUAGUUGGCAUACCGUUGGAAACAGGACAAAAGCAAUAUACUGUUGAUUACAAACUCGAGACUUAUCUUAAAAUUGCCAGAUUGUACUUGGAAGAUGAUGAUCCAGUCCAAGCUGAAGCAUUUAUUAAUCGAGCGUCGCUUUUGCAGGCUGAGUCGAAAAAUGAACAGUUACAAAUUUAUUACAAAGUGUGCUAUGCCAGGGUAUUAGAUUAUAGGAGAAAAUUCAUAGAGGCAGCCCAGAGGUACAAUGAAUUAUCAUACAGGACUAUUAUUCAUGAGGAUGAGCGCAUGACAGCUCUUAGAAACGCAUUGAUUUGCACAGUAUUGGCUUCUGCAGGACAGCAAAGAAGUCGGAUGUUGGCAACGUUGUUUAAAGACGAACGCUGCCAGCAAUUACCGGCUUACUCGAUUCUUGAGAAAAUGUAUUUGGAUCGUAUUAUACGACGUUCCGAAUUGCAAGAAUUUGAGGCGUUACUGCAGCCUCACCAGAAAGCGUGCACUAUAGACGGAUUAGGCUCCACCAUACUCGAUCGUGCUGUUAUUGAACACAAUUUGCUGUCCGCUAGUAAAUUGUACAAUAACAUUACAUUCGAAGAAUUAGGUGCAUUACUGGAUAUCCCGCCUACCAAAGCGGAGAAAAUUGCUAGCCAAAUGAUCACCGAAGGUAGAAUGAAUGGAUACAUAGAUCAGAUUGAUUCUAUAGUACACUUUGAAACACGUGAGACCUUACCAACGUGGGACAAGCAAAUACAAUCGCUCUGUUAUCAAGUGAAUCAAAUAAUCGAGAAGAUCGCUCAGACGGAGCCGGAGUGGAUCGCGAAAGUUAUGGAAGAUCAAAUGGUGCAUUAAUAUAGGUCUUGUUUAUAAUACGAAGAGAAAACCGAUCGCGCAGAAUCGCGGAAAUCGCUUGUAACAUGUAUAUGAUAACGGAACCAGCCAAAAUCAGUAAAACACAUAGCUCACUGCUGAAACGCGAGUAUUGCCCAACGCACGUCAUGUGUAACAUACACUUUAUUCGGUUACCUUCCGCAAUGGCAUCAUGUAAAAUCUUUCGUUAAUAAUUUCCCAGAGAUAUAUUUAUGUUUUCUUCUUUUUCUAACCAUCAAUAGGCAGUAUUACGUUUUCUUAAAUGCAUAUUGCGUUGUGAAAACUACAAUGUCAAUCCUAAUAUCUCUUAGCACGCUUGCUAAAGAAGAGAAAAAAUUAGAACUAAAACAUGGAUUCAAAUUUGUUGCUAUGAACAUUACAAACCGAUGAACUCAGAGGGAACUGUUAAGGACACAUGUCGUCUCUCAUUUCUAAAAUCUGAUUCCGCUAUAAAAUUUAGACAAGAUCAUUGUAGAUGGAAAAGCAAUGUAAGUUCUUCUUGUAAAUAAAUCACAUUCAUACUU